AUGGUAAUCAACAAUAUUAACAGUUUUUCAGCAUACCAAAAGGAAUUUAUAAGAUUUUAUGAUAAGUUUAUUCCAGAUGCAAAUUUGUCUUGUAUUAUUAACUGUAUAACCAAACAUAAUAACGAAUUUAAGCUAUUUUGGAAAUUACAAAUGGAGCAAGCAACACAAGAAAAUAUCAAUUUGGAAAGUUAUUUUCUUGACAUAAGAAAUGUAAGAAUAAUUAGUUACAUUUUUAAGAAAUAAAAAAAAUCUAGCCAUUUUAUUAUUUUAGGAAAUCUUUGAUGGUGGUGCAUAUACUGCAUUUAUAUUAUCUUGGAUUUACACGAUGGAAAUCGAAAAACAUAAAGUAAUGUUUUCAAAUAACACAAACAUAUUGUUCUUAUUGCAUCUAGUCUUAUCAGAAAUUAAUUUAAUUCGAAAAAGCUUAUUUACAAGCAUGCAAGAAAAUUCUACAAAAAAUAAAUGGAAUGGUGUUUGCAAUAAUAUUUCUCCAAAGUUAAAAAAAUUAUUGGAAAUUUUAUUAAAUAUGAACCACACUGAUAUCUGUUUAGUAUUAGUUAAUCAUCAAACAACUGCACAAAUUCUAUAUCAUUAUAUUACUGUAUGUACCUUUUUGUAGUAGAUGUAUCAAAAUACCUAUUUAUAAAUUAAUUUUUCAACAGGAUUAUAAUAAAGAAAAUGGUAAUACAAAUAUUAUUUGUAAUUAUACCUCAGGAGCAAGAGAUUUGUAUAACCUUAGUCAUAAUGAAGUGAUAUUUAAAAAUAUGCAUGAUAAUGAUAUUCUUAAAAAGUAUUUAGUAUUUUAUUAAUUGUGUAUAACAUACAGUGUCCCAAGAAGAAUACAUAUUGUAUUAUCUCUGGACAUAAUAAUGAUUAUCUCAUUUUGUUUUUGAUUUUAUAUUUCACCAAUAAGGAAUACAAAUAUUUUUACUGCAAUUAUUUUUUUAUGUUUUGGUAAAACAUUUAAAAAAAUAAGUUUUUGUAUUAUUUUUGAAAAAUUUGAAGAUGGCCAUUUUAUAGAGUUUAUUCUUCUGAACAUUUUGAGGUAUUAAUUUUUUUUUUAUUAUUCAGAGGAAAAUAUACCUAUGAUUAUACAUCAGACUAUUAUUAUAACUAAUUGACUGUACACUUCUUUUCUCUGAAAUGGCUAUUUUCAUUUUUUUUUUUUUUUUUUUAAAUAUUAAAAUUAAAAAUUACUUUUUGAACAAAACAUAAAAAAAAAAAUUGGAACAUAAAUAUUUAUAGUCCUUGUCCCUGUAUUUAAAAAAAAAAAAAAAAAAAACAAUUUGAUUAACUCUGCAGAUAUUGCAAAAUCUUUGUGGGACACCAUGUUUUUAUAUAUUAAUAUUAUGAUUUAUAUUAACUAAAUAAAUAUGUAUUUUUAGUUUUAAUGAAAGGCGAAUUAAUGUUUUGAUAACAUCAGAUUUACUUGAACAUGAGAUAAACAUUCAUUGCAAUUAUGUCAUAAGAUAUGAUACCCCAAACAAUUUUCAAACUUAUAUGCUAUCUAAAUACAUUGCACGCAGUAAUGGGAGUGAAUUAAUGAUUUUAACACUGGAUCAGUCUGAUUUUGAUCAAAAACUUACUGAAUACAUUAAAAUGGAACAAGAAAUUGAUGAAGUAUAUAUAUAAAUUUAUUUUAUUUAUUCAUAAGAGUUAACCCCCUCCCUCCCCAUAAAAACAUAUGCAUUUAUUUGUUAAUUUGUUGUUUAAUUUAGUUUCUUAGAUUAUUUUGCAUUCUAUUGUUUAUGUUUUGAAUAUAUUGUAAAAAUCUAACUAUAAUCAUGAACUUCUUAUAACAUUUUGGUUUAAAAUAUCAAUAUUUUUAUAAAACUAACUAAACUUUCUUUUACACAUUAUUAUAUUUUAUAAUAAUAUAAAUAACAUUCACCAAAUGUUAUCCUUAUACAAUAGAAAAUGAGGAUCCUCGGUUUUUUAAAUAUUUAAAACAAUAACAAUAUACUAUUAUGAGUAACAAAAAUUAAAUCUAAAUUACAGCUGAAUUAAAUAGAAAUUUGUUAAAAUUUGUGUUUAAAAUAUUUUUUAUAUAAUUUUAAUAUUUAUGUUAUUUUAUUGUUAACUAUUGUUUAAGUAUAAAUUGGUGCAUAUAGUAGUGGUGGUGGUGAUUCCAAGGGAGGGACUAUGGUUGUAUUGUAAAUAUUAAGUUAUAUGUAGAAUAUUUAUAUCAUAUUUCAACCAAUUAAUUCUUUUAAAGAGAGAAUUUAGGAUUUAGAAUUUAAUAUUACAAAUUUAGGUAUAGAAUAUGAACUACCUAUUGAAUAAGGAGUUGGUGUUUGGUAAUGUUUGUAAAUUUAGUGUGUUGUACUAGAAAAAUAUAUUUUGUGCUCCACUAUUCUUCAUAAUGUAAUCUAUAAGAAAUAUACAAUAGGUAUUUUUGUUAAUUGGUUUUUUGUUUGUUUUAGAUACUGGUAUUUAAUAAAAUUAAAGAUGACAACCAUGAAGAAAACAUAAAUGAAUUUUUUAUGACAACAAAGUUAAAACUAACACACAAAAAUGCAAUUGAUAUUAUUGAGAGGUACCUAUUAUUAAUAAAGUACCUACUUUAUUAAUAUUGAUUCUUUAGUUUACAUAUUUAUUUAAAUAUACAGAAGUUUCAUAAAAUGGGGUUUUGCAAUCAUUUAUUUAUUUAGUGGCAAAACAAAUAGGUUUUUUGAAAAUAUUUAUAUUUUUAAUUUAACUCUUUUGGUUCAAAUAUAAUACACAAAUAAAUUAAACAUUUUAAAUUGCUACUUCUAUAUUUUACAUAAGAUUUAGAUAAGCAUAUAUUUUUUAAAAAAUUUGUUUGUAUUGUAUAAUAUAAUUUUAAUCCUAAAUUAUAAAAAAUGAAUCAUUUAUUAUUUGAUUAUACACAAUAUCACAAAUUUUUUUUAUAUGAAAAGUGUCUUAACUAAAGUAGAAAAUAUAUUAAUUUUAACUUUUUAGAAUAAUAAAUACUAUGUUACCCAAACUCCAAAUUACAGAUCAGAUUCUUCAUUCAUAUAAUGAAAACUCACAAUGAUAUUCAAUUCUACUAAUUUCUGUAAACACCCAGAUAAACCCUAUAUAUAUUGUAUAGGGAAUAACAGCUGUGUUAUUGCAGGAUAACAUCAGUUUUUCCAUGGAUUAGUAGAAUUUAAAAUAGGUGUUAGUUAAAAAUUGUUAAUCCCAUAUAAAUUUGUGAUACAUUAAAAUUUUCAGAAAAACAAAUUCUAUGGAAUGGAUUAUCUUAAAAUAUUCAGAAAAUUAUAAAAUAAAAAGUUUUAAAUUGAAUACAAAUAUAAAUAUUUUUAGUCCUCAUCCCUGUGAAUAAUAUAAAAAAAGACAGAAUUUGAUUGUCUUUAUUAUGUCUCCAGAGAUUAUAUUCUUAGUGGGACAGUUUGUAUUUUAAAAAAUGUCAAUUUUAUUUAAUGAAUAAAAAAAAAAAAAAUGUUAUCUGUGUAUUUAAAUAUAAUAUGAAAAGUGAAGGUCUGGGGAAACCUUGCAAGACCUUUAUUAAGUCAGUACUCUAAAAUUUCAAUUUCUAUAUGAGUGAACUUCGACUUUGGCCUUUUUGAUUGUAUCUAUCACACUAAGAUACUUCUUAUGCACUUAUCCUUUGACAGGUUGAGUAACCAUUUUGUCCACAAAUUUCCUUCCUACCAAAUUAAAAUUAAUUAAAAACUUGCAAAAUUAAAAUAUCUAUAAAUAAAUCAAAAAUGACCUAAAUGUUUUGAAAAUUUUAUCAUGUCUAGAAAGGCAAAUAUUCGUUUUCUAUCAGUCAAAAUUUCAAGUUAAUUAAUAUUUUUAACUGAAUCAAAUUUAAAGUAAUAAAGAAUUAUUUUCGUAUAUUUUCCCCCUUUUUUUUCUUUGUAUUUUUGGUUGUUAAUUUAUUAAAAAAAAAAAAAUCAAAACAACUUUCUUGAUCAUUGACUAGAUUAUAAAUUAAAUAAAAAAGAUUUCUUGCAGUUUUUCUUUUGGAACAUUAUUUUUAGUAAAAAACUGAAUGCAUACAAAUUUAAAAUAGUUAAAUUGUUAUACCAUAAUUGAAAAAAAAAAAAAUUUUAUUUUAGUUUUUUUUUUUUGUUAUUCCCAAUUAUUUUGACAAUUACUUUAGAAAACAAAAACUAAUUUUUUUGGCUAUGUGUAAAGGAACAAAAUCAAUCUUAUAGUUUUUUUUUUAAUGUAAUAACAUUUCUGGUAAAAAAUAUUAGUUGUAAAAAUUAAAAGCAAUAAAAAACCGUAAGGCUGUGGAACACAGUAAAUGUUUGCCAUUUUCCUAUAAUUUCUGAAUUAUUAUAAAACACCUUAAAAAAUCAAACAAUGACCUUCUCAAUACACUAAAUAUGUAAAAUUUAUUUUCAGAAAGUGCUACACUCUUAAAAAACUAAGGUGAUAUAAAUAGGAGUAAGUUUUCUGGUAGAAAAGUAGUUCAGAGCUACAAACUGUAUAAAAAAAAAAAAAUCACUUGACCAAUUAAUAAAACCAAUUGAUACCUUGCUACAGUCCAUACUAAAACUACUCUUAUUUAAAAUUCAUGAAAAACAAGCUUUUUAACUAUAUGAAGGACACAUAUAUAAAUAUAUAAAUUAGAAAAAUUAGUAAAUAAAAAAAAAUUUUCUUUUAUGAAGGAAUAAACAAAAUUAAUUUCAUUUUUGGAGGAGAGCAUAGUUUUUAUAAUUAAUGUAUUUUUAAUAAUAUUCACACAAAGUAAAUCAAUCAAAAAGGAACAUCAAGGAUAAUUUAUCCUCAAUGUAUUACUUUUUUUUUUAAGUAAACCUUACUACAUCAGAAACAGAAAUUUUCUGAAAAAACUUACAUGGUUAUAUUAAAUCUCUUUAAGAUAAAACUUCUAAAAUUAUCAGAUCUACAUAAAACAGUUUUUUUUUUUUGUAUAUUUUGUCAGUUUUAUUUUGCUCUAGGUUGCUAGUUUCUAAAUAUUGUCCUGUUUUUAAGGUAUUUUCCACCUAUUUUAAUCUAAUUUUAUUUAUUUUAAUUAUUUUUGUUUUUAGGUAUUGUAAUUCUUUAUCUGAAACGCAUUUAACAGAAAUAACACCAAUGUGGCAUAAAAAAUGUAAAAAUAAUUUAAUAAAAUAUGAACUGACACUACCAUGCAACAAUAUCAUUAAAUGCCCUAUUGAAGUCAGAAAUUAUAUAAUUUUCAAAAAUUAAUUUUUAUAAUUAACUAUUUUUUAUUUUUAGGGAUCAUUUUACAGGGAUCAGAACAAUGCUAAAAAUAGUUCCGCAUUUAAUGCAUGUAUCAUGUUGUAUAGAGCUGGUGAUAUAGAUGAUUAUUUUUCACUUGUAGAAAAAUAUUAUUUCACAAGUCAAUACUGGUUUCCGUGUAUGAGUGAAGAUGAAUGUCAAUUGUCUGUUUAUGGAUACAAUUUAAAUAAAUCAACUAAGCAAAAAGUUGCAAUUGCAGUAAGUGCUGCAUUUUAUUAUGCAUAAUAAUAAUAUACUAUGACUUCAUGAAAGGAUAUUUAAUUUAGAAACCAUCAUACUUAAAUGGAGCAUAUCCACAAGUAGGAAAUACAUCAUAUCUACAUAUUAUUCAUUGCAUUUCAAAAAACAGUAAACUGAUGGAUUCUAGUUAUGAACCAAUUGACAAACUACUCAAGUCAAAUAAAGAGUUUGGAAUUUUAACAUCAAACAAAUUACCACUUGUAAGACCAUUAUCAUAAGUAAUAUAAAUUGUGUUAUCAUUAUAAUUAUAUUGAGUGAGUGUGAAUAAUGAUAUUAUAUCUAAAACUAUUUUACCUAUUAAAAAAUAUUUAGAUGCCUUCUGUAUAAAAUAUAGAUUUAUUAAUAAAUUUAAUAGUUCAAAUUCUAAACCCUUAGGUGUUUGGUUUAGUAGAAGAACUUUUUUACUAGCAAUUUUGCUCAGAUUUAAAAUGAUUUCAAUUUUCCCAGUAAAUGUUAAAAAAACAGGGAAGAAACAUGGGAAAAAUAGGAAAAUUGGUACAAUAUUAAACAAAUAUUACUAAAGAAAAUAUACAGUAUCUAUGCAAUUAUUUUACCAUAAUAUGACAUAUAUUGUUGACAAUGUAAUAUUAUUAACUGAACUCUGCUUAGAAUCGUUUUUUGUUAGCAAUGGUUUAUCUUUAAAUAUGCAUUAAAUUUCACCUCUACUACCUUUCCAAACAGUGGCCUACCCAUGUUGCCUGGUUUCUCAUUAAACUAACAUUGAAUUUAAAGUUGAUAAAUUAAAAUAAAAUAAAACCAAAUAAAAAUAAUGAAAUAAUAGUCAGCGAAAAUAGAAAAAAAAUUAUAGAUUUCUAUCAGAAAUAUUACUGUAAUUAAAAAAUGGCAACUGAACUUUUGUUCCAUUUGUUAUUUUCAAUACAUAUGUUUUUUAAUAAUUUGAAUGCCUCUGGCUACAAUUAAUUUCAAUAGUUUAUUAUUGGUUACAGAUAUAAAUUUAAUAAUUUUAUGUAUCUCACCUUCUCAACUACCCAUCUACAGCAGUGACUGUAUCUGUUUCCAUUAUCAAAUGUAUCAUUUUGAUUUACUUUUAUAUAGAAAAAUAUUAAGUUAACAAUUCAGCAAAAAUAUUAUUAUAUUUUAUUCCGGUUUGUAAUGAAAAAAUGGAGUUAAGAUUUGACCCAUCACUGAGAAAUAUAUUUUGUACAUAUUUCUUUAUACUUAUAAAUUAUUGAUUGUAAUAAAUUAACUUAAAAUCAAUAAUGAUACAUAUUUUAAUUAAUUUGAGAUUUGACUGAAUAAUUAUAUUUUUAUAGGUUGCCAAUUUCCCUUUGUUUACACAAUUUGGAGAAAUUUGUGUGCACAUAAAAGUAAAUGUUAAAAUUAUUGAUCUUAAUGAUAUAGAUCUUAAAAGACUAGAUGUAUUCCAUAGUAAAGUAUUUUUGGAUGUAUUGGGUAUAAGAGAUUUUAUUGCUAGAGAUUAUCGCAAUGAAGAAAAUUCAUAUUUGAUAGUGCCUAUUUAUUGUACAGGUAUGAUAUAUUUAUAUAAGCAUAGAUAAGUUUUCUUUUUUUUUCAAUUCUUAAUUUUUUUUAGAUGACACUUAUAAUGUGGAUUGGAGUGUUGUUGAUAUAGAUACAUUUGUAGAAACAAAUGCACCUACUAUGAAACAAAGAGAAUCUAAUUCUUUUAAAGAAUAUAUUAAUACAUCUGUUAUUGUUUCACCUUGGUAUAGAAGUGUUUCACCAAUUGAAGUAAAUAAAUGGAUUUUAAUGAUGUUUUAAUAAUUUUUAAACUCCUUUAAAAAAAUUAAUGAAGAACAAUUGAUUAUUUUAAUUUUAAUUAGUCAUUUUAAAUAGAAACUUAUUGAAUUAUCUAAUAAACAUUUUUUUUUUUUUUGCAAAAUUACUGGAAACCCUGUGAUAUUUGUUACUGAUAAAUAUUUUAUUAUACUUUCAGAUAAUAUAUAGGUAAUAAUAUCAAUUUUAUUAUUCAUUUUUUUUUUCUGUUUUCAUGUUUUAUUUUUUAACAACUAUAAUUUUUUACUUAAAUACUUAUGUAUUUCAAUUUCUUGGAUCAAUAAAAUUAUGAAUGAGUAUUUAACAAUUCAUGUAAAUAAGAUGUCCCCUAUUAAAGAGACAAAUAUGGUGGAAAGAUAUAAAUCAAUUUUAUUGAGUAUGGGAAACAAGAUUUAGGGUAGAAAAUUGUAUUUGUGUAGUAGGUAGGUAUUUUCCUAUGUAAGUUGAACUAAUCAAAGGAGAGAUUAGACUACAUUUAAUUUUUGAAAUAUGUUUCUAUAUACAAAUAUGAGCAUAGAUCUCAUAGAGAUCUGACAAAUACAAUAACUUUUUCUGUUCAAUUUCUUGGAAUAAUUAUUAAUCUUGGGAUGUUCAUAUAAUAUAUAUAAAUCUGUUUUGAAACUAAAUUUAUGGUGUUUUAAAUAUCUAUUAAUGAGGAUUCGAUAGUUAUUCACAAUUUUUGGAAGUUAACUAAUAAUGUUAAAUAACACUGAAUGAUUCACCAUUUUUUUCAAAACAUAAUUAUUAAAUGGUUACCUUGAAUUUUGUAAAACAAUUUUAUUUAAGUUUAAAUUUUUAGUUUUUAAAUAAAUUAACAAUAAAGAAAUCAUAGUGCAUGUCUAAUUUUUACAAGAAAUUCAUAAAAAAUUGAACAGAACAAAAGUUAAAUCUUUAAAUUAUACUGUAUAUUUAUUUAAAAAACAAAUAUUUUAAUGCUUAGAAAUAUUUAGUCACCGAAGUUGUUUCUGAUGUUACACCUGAAAGCAUUUUUCCAACUCCUGAGCUUGUUACUUAUGAAUCAUAUUAUGCUGAAAAAUAUAACAUUACUAUAGUUAAUAAAAACCAACCAUUGAUAAAUGUAAAACCAUUGAAUGUUUCAACAAUAAAUUAUUUAGUUCCAAAGUAAUUUUAUAUAAUUUUAUUUUAUAUAUUUUAUAUAAAUUUUAUAUAAGUAAUUUUAUAUAUAUUUAAUUAAACUAAAUAAUUAAAUUAUUUAUUAUUUUAUUUAUUAUUAGAUCUGUUUCUAAAAGACAAAAAAAAAAAUUCAAGGAAAUGCUUAUUCCAGAAUUAUGUAUAUGGCAUAAAUUUCCAUCAGUUUAUUGGCUUAAAGCAUUGAUGCUACCAACUGUAUUAUAUCGAUUGGAAAGUUUAUUAACUACUCUUGAUUUAAUUAUGACAAUUGAAUCUAAGUGUAAUAUCAAUGUACCAUUUGUUCCAUAUGAACCAAUUUGUAAGUUAAAUCUAUUAGUUUGCUUAUAGCAUGCAUUAGUAUUAAAUAUUAAUUUGUAUACAUACCGCCCAAUAUUUUAUUACUUAUUAUCUAUAUUAGGUAACUUUGAUGUAGUGAAGAUGGAUCAAUUUUGUAGUUUUAAUGAGCCCAAAACUAAAGAAAUUAUUUUACCAAUUUGUAAAACAUUAAAAUACAUAGAAAAUUCUUAUGAAGAUUUGAUUUAUAAAUGCAGUUCAAAUAAUUGGUGUAUUGACACUGAUAGACAGAAAACUGCAACAAUAUUAGAUGUUAUGAAUUAUCAUAAAUUUAUUAAUAAUCUGCAUGAUUAUGAUUGUAAUAUAAAUAAUCGUACAAUUGAAGUAAGUAAACAUAAUACUUAAACUAUUAAUGUACUUUGGUAUCUAGUAGUGAUUUGAUACUUUUUAAAACCAUUUUAUAUUUUAAUAAAAUUUUAAAUAUUUAAUUUGCUAUUUACAUACUAAAAUACCUUACUUUAAAUUGGAAAAAAUAGUGUGGUGUUUUUCUUUACCUUAUAAUUUUCAAGUAAAAUCAUAUAGUCUUCAGUUCUUUCCAUUUAUUUUAUUAAAACAAAUUAAUUCUUAGAACUAAUAUGUAAUUGUUCUUUCUAAAUCAAAUGGAUGAUCUUAAUUAAAAAUUAUAGGAAUGUACAAGUUAUAUUUAAAUUGAUUUCCUAUUCAUAAAUGAUAUAUUGUCUUGUAGAAAUUAUAUAAUUUAACAAUAUAUAUUAGAUAAUAAAAAUGAAAACAAAAGUAAAUAAUGUUAGUUAAUAAUUAACAAAUGUGAUUAGUUGAUAUGACCACAGAUUAAAAUAUCGUGAAAAAUCAUCAUUUAUUCAUAUCAUUUUUCUAACAGUAAUAAAUUUAACCCACUCCACAUAUCAAAAUUAAAUUAAACCGAGUUAAAAUUUGUUGAAAAAUGUUAAAUUUUAAUUUAUUAACAAUUUAUUUUGCUUGAGAAGAGAAAAAUAAUUGCUAUAUUAAUAUAAUAUAUUGGCUUUGAUUUUAAUAUAAUAAAGAUUGUGGUAAAUUUCCUGAUAUAACCAGUUAAUAUAGUAAUUAGUUUGAGUCCAUGAUUUAUAUAUUUUCAUUCAUACAUUUAGACCAGUAAGUUAGAGUAAAAUUAAUCAUACUUUUCAAUAGUUCAAUUGCUGCUUGCAAAAUAAUUUGCCCUUGUGUAUUUCUUUUCUGUUUUUUAUUUUUAUUUCUUUUUUUUUUGUGACUUAUUAUUGUAUUUUAAGAAAAAAACAAAUUCAUAAUUUAUGAAAACAAUAAUAUUACAUUGUACAUUAAGAAUAUUUUUAUACUAAUAAAUAUUAUGCACUUUAUUUUAGAUUGACACAAAUGAUAUUUUAAAGCAUGUGAUAGGUGGAAUUAGUGUUUUAAAUUUAACCGACAGUGAAGUUCCUGUAUUGCAUCCAAUAUCCAAACAGUUUUCUGAUCUAAAUGUUGGACCUACACAAAGUGAUAUGUUAAAAGUAAACAAAUCUUAUUGAUUUUUUUAUUUAAAUUUAGAAAUUUUUGAAAUUAUAUUUAAUAUUAUAUUAUCAGGAACCAAGGACAGCCUGACUAUUAAAAAUAUAGAUAUACUUCACACGAUGGGUGGGCCUCUGUUGUAGGUAAGAAGUUGGGAAGUUAGAAUAUAGCAGGGAAUAAAAUUUACAUCUGUAUGCAAAGAUUAAUCAUUGCUAAUGAAAAACAACUGUUAGCAGAGUUUAAUAAAUAUCAUUGCUUUUUAAAUAAUAUGUUUGUCAUAUUAUCUUAAAAUAAAUAUAUAUUAAAAAAAUUCCCAUUGACCAGUUACUAGAUUUGGUGCACAUAAUUUUUACUAAACCGUUUUUUUUUUUCAAAUUUGAUAUUAAAAUUCUUAUAAAAAAACUACAUUCAACUCAUUUUUAUAAAUUCUAAUGAGCCUCUUUAAUUUUUAAGCAUUUCUGUUUAGUCUAAUAAUUUUAUCACGAGAUUACCUACCCAUAACAAUUUCAUACUAAACUCACAAAAUUAAAAUGUCUAUAAAUAGCUCAAAAAUGGCUAAGCAUCUAUCCGUGGUAUUAGCUCUAAUUUUUUUUUUAUAUCUGUAAACAACUUUUUUAUAUAAUAAUGUGAAUAAAAUUUCUUCUGGAAAAUUUGCUCCAAAUGUAGCACCUUUUUUGACUAGAAAUAUUGGUUGGAAAUAAUUGAGCGGGUCAUUUUUUGAUUUUCCUAGUUAUAAUAAUUUGGAAAAAUCGGGGAAAAAAAAUUUAAAAAAAAGUAGGGUUAAUAGAUAAAUGAUUAUUAAGAAAAACCAAAAUAGGCUUGUUUUCUAUCAAAAAUAUUAUUACAAUAGAAAAACAAGACACCUUUCUUGUUGUAAUUUAAACUUAAUUUAUGGGUAAGAAAGUUUUUGAUUUUCUGUUUUAAUAAUUAAGCAAAUCCGAAAGAAAAGGAAUAUAAUGAUUUUAUUAUAUUUAAUUUUUUGAGAGUGGAGGGAGGAAUAUGUUGGGUUUACAAUGCUGUUAAUUUUUUUUUCUCAGAUUUUUACCAAUUUUUAAGUGUCACACUUUUUCAGAAAGGAAAUUAGAAUAAGGUAGUACCUUUAGUAAUUUUUUUUUUAGAUUCUGAGUGAGCUAAGAAUGUAUUUCAAAAAUGUUUUUUUUUUUUUUUUUUCUGUCUAUGCGCAGUACUAUAUCUGAAAGGAAAUGUUGUCUAGAUAGUACUUUUGAGAGGUUAUUUUUUGAUUUUCCAAGUGUUUUUCAUAAUACUGGGAAAAACCACGAUGAAAAAUAAGAAAAACUGGGAAACAGUGCUUUUAUUAUUUUUCAAAUAAAAGUAAGAAACUUGAAAUUAGGACAGAAAUGUUGUAUUUGUCUUUUCUAGACAUGGUAAAAUUUUAAAAAACAUUUAAGCUAUUAAAUACUUUUAAUUUUAUAUGUAAUAUUUAUUUAGUAGGUACUCUGUGCUAAACUUAGACUAAACAGAAAUGCAUGAAAGUUUAACAGGCGGUUCAUUAAAAGUCUUUGUAGUAAAAAAAAAUUGAGUUUAAUGUAGUAUUUUGUUUUUAUAAAGGAAUUUGAAUAUUUGGCAAAAACAUUAUGUGAAACAAAUCAAAUUUUCCAUUUUUUUUUUUUUUUUUAAGAAUUUGUAUAUUGGUGAAGCCAGAAUUAAUCGUACUAAGUUUCGAAAUCAUAGCUUUUUAAAGUUCAUAUAUUAUGUUAUGUUCAAUUAUUCUAUAUUGUCCUUAAAGCAUAUUUCUCAUGUUCUAAUGGUUAUUUUUGCUUAUUAUCACAUCUUAGGGGUUCCCAAACCAGUGUGAUGAAAAAAGUGAUUUGCAUUUUUUUUCAUUUUACUUAAAUAAAGAAAAAAACAAAUGCAUUUUGGAUGUACUUAGAGACCCAAGCAAUUGCUCCUAUGGACUAUUUUAAUCGCAAAAUACUCUUCAAUUUGUUGUUCAAAAUUUUCUACCAGUAAUUUCUUUCAGAUUCAUAAUGAUAGGACUUUUUCUGAAAGGAAUUUUGACUGGGAAGAUACCUUAGGGAUGUAAUUUUUGAUUUUCCCAGAAGUUUUUUCAAUAAAUGGGAAAAACAUGAGAAAAUCGGUAAAAUAUUAAACAGAUAUUAUUAAAGAAAAUAUAUAACACCUAUUUAGUUAUUUUACUAUAAUAUGACAUAUAUAUUGUUGACAAUGUAUUAUUAUCAACUGAACUCUGCUCAGAAUCGUUUUUUGUUAGAAAUGGUUUAUCGUGGCUUGCAGAUAUACAUUAAAUUACUUAUAACAGUGGCUGCAUUCAUCUCUAUUAUUCUAGAACAUCUUUUUAUAAGAAUUUUGAUGAAAAUCGUUAUUAUUAUGGCCUUUAAUAUAGUAUUGUGUAUACAAUCAUUACUCUGAAUUUAUUGUUGCCUACAGAUAUAAAUUAGAUUUAUCUCUGUACCCUAUACUGACUUGAGGGCCAGUAUUUCUAAGCUCUACCCAUGGUUUUUAUGUUAAUAUAUUAUUGUGCUUAACUAAUACUUAAUAUUUUUAUCCAUUUUAGCAUAAAAUAUAUACAUUUAUUUAUUUUCACAUGUAUAUAUAGGUAAUGACACCGCCAAUUACAAAUGAUAUAUUUAACUACACAAACAUGCAAAUAUAUGGUAACAGUUUUUUUGAAUUUGCUGCUUCAUUAGUAUUAUUUGAUGCAUUUAAACUACAAAGUGUAACAUUUCUAACUAAAAAAAAAAUGAAAUUAAUUGAUCAUCAAAACUUAUUUUUUGUCGGCAUGAAAAUUAACAUUGGGUCUUAUUUAUUAGUAUGUCUUUACCAAACUAAGAAUAAAUUCAUAUUAUUGUUUAAUUAUUAUAAAUAUUUAGGUAAAUGAUUAUCAGCCACAAGAUUGGAUACCACCAUGUUUUGGUAUUCCUCAACAAUUAGUGGCUCUGAUUGAAAAAUAUGAUUUACAACCAAAUGUGUUGCAUGAAGUAAAGUUGACAAAGGAUGUUAAAUAUUCUGGUAAAUUGAACUAAUUACUAAUUAUUUAUGUUUGUUAAAUAUUAAAUAUGCACCUACUUUUGUAUUUAAUAAAGCUAUUAUGGUUGCAUGUGAAUUGUUGCAACUUUUAUAUGAACCUAAUAGUUAUAUUGCUACCUACUGUAUGUAAAAUAUAAUACAACAUUUAAAAAAAUAGUUUAUUAAUUUCACUGCAGAUUACCUUAUUAUUUCAAUAAGCGACCAGCCUUUAUUUAUUUUUAUUUUUUUUACAUGUUAUAGAUUCUGAGGAAUCUAUUGGUUUAAUAAUGAUUUUUAUUUUUUUAUUUUUUUUUUCUGUGAACAAUUUUUCUACCAGUAAUUUUGCUCCAACUUUCAAUGAUAGUAUUUUUCCUGAAAAGAAAUCUGACUGGGAUGUUACUUUAGAGAGAUUAUUUUCAGAUUUUCCCAAGAAUUUUCAUAGCCAAUGUAAAAAAUUGAGAUAAAACAUGAGAAAACCGGGAACAAUUUAGGAAAAUUGGGAAAAUCGGUAAAACAUUAAAUAAAUAUAUAGAAAAUAUAGAAAGCCUUUUUUAUUGUUUUAAUAUAAUAUGACAUUAAUUUAUUGUUGAUCACUAUCAACUGAACUCCAUUCACUCCGCACUAUCAACUUCAGAAUCGUUUUUUUGUAAGCAAUGGUUUAUCUUUGCUUACAGGUAUACAUUAAAUACAUACAUAUAUUAAAUUACCUAUAACAGUGGCUGCAUCCAUCCCCAUUAUCCUAGGAUAUUUUUAAAUAUUAUAUUGCCUGACUCAGUUAAUUCUGUAAAACCAUAUUAUGUAAUAAUAGUAAUAAAUAAAUAAAUUGGGAAAUUAUAUAUAACCUAAUAUUAUAAUUAUUAUAAAAUGUUCAAGUUUAUAACCUAUUGAAUAAAUCAAUUUUGUACAAUCAUUUUAAAUUUUUAAUGUUACAUUAUAAUAUGUUAAAUUUCUAUUUAAUUUAGAAAAUAUAUUUUAUUAUUAGUCUGUUAUACUCAUAUUUUAUUGUUCAAUACAAUUGUACCUAUGUUGUUAUACUAUUAAUUGUAUUAUGACAUACAUAUAUCUAUAUAUAUAUAUAUUAUAUAUACUAUAUAUAAUGAAUGGUGUACAUAGUAAUAAACAUAUUGAAAUUUGUAUUGAUUUUUGAAAAUAAAUAACACCCUCUUUUUUGUAGGAAUCAUAGGAUCUGAAGAUUGGAUAAAUAUUGAAACUGAUCUUCUAAAAAAAAAAAAUGUAAUAGAUAAUGCAACAAAUUUUGAAAUUGAUGAUGUAAAAAAUUCGGGAUUUAAAUCAGUUGAACAAUCCCAGUCUUAUUUAUUUAUAAAUAAACAAUUGAUUGAGAAGAAAAUAAUAGCGCAUUGCAUUGAAUCAUUAGUGGGAACUUAUGUAAAAGUUAGUCCAAAUAUAAAUAUUACAUUUACAAUAUAUUUAAUCCAAAUGUGUUUUAAUUUUAGUGUUCUGGUGUUGAAGUGGGCUUCAAACUUCUUUGUGGUCUUGGUAUUAUACCAAACAAAUUUAUUGAUUCAUACAAACCUAAACAAAAAAUGAGUAUUGACCAAUUCAAUAAUUUAAAUUUUUCAACCAUUUUGCCUGGUUAUGAAAUACUUGAAGACCGAAUUAAUUACUCAUUUAAACAUAAGGAUCUUUUGCUUGAAGCUCUUACCCAUACAUCCUAUCAAUAUAAAUAUCCUAUCAAUAAAUAUUUUGACAGUUAUGAAAGAUUAGGAUUUAUUGGUGAAGCCAUACUUGGUUAGUACCUUAUUUAGUUAAUAUGCCUAUUAAAUAAACAUUUUUACUAAAUUUUUAUAAUAAUCAUAAUAAAACUUAAUUUGUGAAAUGCAUCUUCAAAAAACAAGUUCAAUUUUGUCUUUAAAUAUUUUAAAGACAAAUAUUUCAAAUACUAAUUGAAUAUGUUUUCCUUAUUAAGGUUACCAAUAUUUUAAAGAUUAAGGGUUUUCCUCUUAUAUAUAAUAUGAAUUUUCAUUUGUUAUAUUAAAAUAUUUAUUUUAUUUAAAUAUAAAAUAUAUUGUCAUAUUAUAGAUUUGCUAAGCUGGGCAAGUUAGUAAGUUUGUUAACUAAAGUUAAGUUACUUUAAUAUAAAACUAAUAAAGUUAGAAAAAAUAUUACUUUCUAAAAUUUCAACUUGGGUAAAAAUAGUGACAUUUAUUCUAACCUAAGGGCAUGCCGCAUAUGUAACUUAAUUAAUGAUUAAUAAUAGUAAAACACAAAAUUAUUAAAUUAUUGCACAUAGAAUGGAAGAUGGAACAUACUUUUUGGAACACAAAUUAUUGUUGGCUGUUCUUAUUAACUAAUCUGCCAUGAUACUGGUGUCAUUCAUAGUAUCUAAGAUGGCUUUAUCACUUGCUUUGUUUAAAAAACAUUGACCUAAAUAGGUGGAUAGUUUAACCCUUAACUUGGCAGAGUAUUUUUUAGGAUACCUACUUCAUGUUUGCAAGUGUUUUAUUCAAUGAUAUUUAGAAAUAUUUUUGAUCUGACUUUGUGAAUACACCGUGUUACAUAUGGUUUAAAAGGAAGAAACAAAUUGUUAUCACUAUUAACACAUUUAAUGUAAAGGUUUUGGUCUCAUGUUAUUUUGGUGUUAAAUCCUAUACAGGGAGUUUUUUUUAACAGAGUUUUUAGAUAAUUUGAAUAAGAAAUUAUACAAUUUUUUUAAAAAAGUGGACAUUGACAAGUUCUAUUACAAUAAUUAUGCAUAAUAUUAUAUAUUUAUUCAGUUUAUGUCUAUUUAAUAAGUUUUGAUAAUAUGUGUAUUACCAGGAAAUAUCCAUUUUGAUAAUUAUAUCUUAUAUGAUACAUUAUUAAGAUAUACAUUAAGAAAUGUCGAUUUUAUUAAUUGUUUCCUAUAAGAUACAUCACCAAUUACUGAUAAUAUUUGUUAUUUAUUCUGGUAGUGGUUUAGAUAAUAUGUAAUAAAUAAUAUACUAUAAUUUAGCUAUUGUUUCAUGGAUAUUAAUGUUCUUUAAUAUAUUAUAAAUUAUUAAUAUAUUUAAAUUAUGUAUGACUAUUAUAUAUUAUUAUUACUUGUUACUAACCUUAUGGAAAAUAUUAAUGGUGAAUCAUAAAAUGCAAGAAUGCUAAAUAAACCACUAAAACUGGGAAAGCUAAUAAUGUGGAUUUCUAAAAAUAAAGAUUACAUAACCCAUAUUUAAUAUUUUUGGUUUUUGGGAAAAAUUGUAUUGUUUUGUUAAAAAUAGAUGAUACAAUGAUCAUAGUAUUUAUUGUUUUAUUAUAUUCUGUGUACAAUAUUCUCCAUGAUUUUAGGUUUCCAAUUAUUAUUAUAUUAUAAAUUCUAACAAAUUUUUUUUUGGUUCAUAUAUAUUUUUAACUUCCAAUAAAAUAUUAUCCUAAAUGUUAGUAUUCUCUAAUUUUAUUUUCCAUAUGUUAAGAGUUUUAAUCAAUUUAGUUUCCAAACAUUUGGCAUUUCCUGUUAUAUUAUGUUAAACUAUUAGGGAGUUGCUGUCUCUAAGUCAUCAAAAACAUCUACUUUGAAAUUUUAAAUCUAUUAUCUUGAUGUUUGCUAAUUUAAGGGUUAAACUCUGUGUUACAAAAAAUUUAAUAUGCUAAGAAAUGUAAAUUAUAUUGUUCUGUGAAAUAACAGAACAUUGAGAGUAAAAAAAUGUGUGAUAUUUUUUAUAUGAUUUAAAAAUAUAACUAUUUAUUCUUUGUUUUUAAGGAAUUAGAUAAGAUAAUUUCAUGCAUUCAAUCUAAGUAUGUUGUUAAUGCCCAGCUUUGUAAAUUUUUGAUUAAGAAAUUAAUUAGUAUUAUGCUUAUAUGUACCAAAUUAAAUAACACAUAGUAUUACUAUUGAGUUAUUUAAUAAGAACAACUGUUACGUAUUGUUAUAGCAAAAACAUAGUAAACUAUAUUGAAUAAUAAUUGAUUAACACAAAAUAACAAUCAUAAUAACUCUGCAUAAUAAUUUUGCCCUUUUUAAUCAAGGUUCGAUUAAGCAUUAUACAUUUGCUGGGUGUAUGUGGAAUUGUUUUCUCCAAUUGAUUCUCUUUUACUUAGAAAAUAUUUGUUGCUUCUGUGACAUACCAGGCAAUUCAUUUAAUGGGUAUACCCAUUAUCUCAGAAAGUAUUAACUUUUUACAGAAUUUGUGUUCUAGAACACUAAAAAAACAAGCUGCUUCAUAAUUUUAUAUUUGUGUUAUUUUUUGGCAGCCUUAUUUUUGGGGGUAAAACAACUACCUCCUUUUGAUUUUCAAAUGACAACCUAUGUUAAAAAGUCCAUAAAUAGAUUGAGUAUUAGUUAAAAUAGAUUUUAGUGUUCAAUUUUUUUAAUUUCUGUCAAGCUGUUGAGGAGAUAUUCCACUUUUAAGUUUGGGUUGGAGGAAAGUAGUGGAAUAUACUUUGUGUGUACAACUAGAAUAGAAAUCAAAAAUGUCAACAUUAAAUUUAUUUUAACUAAUACUCCAUCUAUUUAUCAAAUUUUUAACAUAGGUUGCCAUUUUAAAAUCAAAAUUAGGCAGUUGUUUUACCCCUAAAAAUAAGGCUGACAAUAAAUAACACAAAUAUAAAAUUGUGGAGCAGCUUGUUUCUUAAAUGUUCUAGAAAACAAGUUCCAGAAAAAGUUAAUACUUUCUGAGAUAAUGAGUAUAGCCACUUAAAUGAUUCACCUGGUAUAUUAACCAUGUAAUCACAUUUUAAGUAUACUAUUUUAUUGUUAAAGCAAGCAGUCACCAUAGCUUCAUGAACUUUGUCUUUGGAACUAAUAAGAAAAAUUACAAUAAAAUGGGUAAUCAUCUAAAAAAACAAAAGAUGUGUCCUUCAUAUAAGACCACAAAAAUCUGUUAAUACAAUUUUUAGAAGUUUUGUUGUUCAAGUUUGUAUUCCAGUAAAAGGUUUUCUGGUUUGUUUGGCCAUUACAUAUGUCUCACCAAGGUUUAGAAAAAUUAUUGAUAGUCUUACUUAAUUUAAGAUAAUCUAUUAAAUUGUCAAGCAUGUACAUGUAUUUUUCAUUAAGGUGGCCCAACCUUAUAUGUCAUAAUUGAAAAUGUCAUUGGUAUUGCAGUAAUUAGUUUUAUUUUAUAAUUAACGCUGAACAAUAUUUUAUAAAGAGUGCCUUUUCGAUUUCCAAUUGCUAUAACAGUUUCAUUAUGUAGUAUUUUGAUUUGACCACUAGUAAAUACAACUUGUAAGCCACUCUGCUCAAUGUAUCCCAUUGAUCAUAGAUUAUUUUUACCAUUUAAUAAUUGAAGUAGGCUAAAGACUCGAACAGAUUUCUCUUUAAAGUCUUGUCCUGUUUUGGCAACACCAAUUGAAAACAGAUUAUUCAAUUUUUCUUUGGAGUUAAAGUGGUGCUGCUUAUUGUUAAUACAGCAGUCAGAAGCUUCAGAGUUAAGAUACAAAUAAAGAAUAUUGGAACUAGGUUCUUUAUUUUGAUUUGAUAGAAAAGUAAAGCUUUAAUUUUCUAUAUCAUCUGAUCCUUCCUCUGAUUGUUAAAUGAGCUUGUUUCUUUUUCCAUACUUUAGGAUUCUCUUUUUUUUUAAGUUUAUUUGAAUACUCCUAUUUCGCAUGCCCUAAUUCUUGACAUAACCAAAAUUUUAACUGCUUAUUUGUAUUAGAAACAAAGGCUGUAUUUAGACAAAGUCAACAAUUAUCUUGUCUCCUGAUGCAGUUACAAUUGUGUUGUAUAGGGAGUGAGAUAAGCAGUAGACAGGCAAGCAAGUCAUCCUCGAGCUUACUCCUGGGGAGAUUUUACUUGACAUACAAUAUCGUUAAAUUUGCAGAGAUUUGUUUCCAUGGAUUCAUCAUCAACAUACUUCAACACUAAAAGCCUCUUCAACACUAUCAUUUAUCUCACAUUUACACUUAAAUGUAGCUUCUAAUUUUUCCCAAAUUUCUUUAGAAUUUUUGCUUUCUUUAACAUACUCUAAGUGAGUAUCUGCGAUACAAUGUAUGUUCAAAGAAAAACAAAUACCUUUUUCCAUUUUGCCAAUGUAGUGGUGUCAGUAGGGAAUUUAUACUAUACAAUGACUAACUUGGUUUUCCCAAACCUAUAUUGUCAUAUGGAACCUCCAGUUUUCAUAACCAGUUCUCGAAAAUUUAAAUAUUCCAUACUUUUCUUCUUUCAACAACAUGUUCAUAACAUAGUAAACUAACACAAUAUGGUUUCAUUAUUAAAUAUCUGGAAAACUAGAAAACCAUGUGUGGGUCCAUAACCUAUUGAGUUAUUUAAAAAAAACAACCGUGUUACACAUUUUUAUAAUAAAAACAUUUUUAUUUUUAUUCAAAAAUUAUUGACUAACACAAAUAAAAAUUUGAAUUUGUUGCUAUAACUCAGAGAAUACAAUAUAUAAAGAUAAACUAUAUUUAUAGAGUACUGUCAACUUAAUUACAUUUCAUAUGAUUUUUAGUAAGUAGGUUCAUACAUAUGUAUAAUAAUAUCAUAUAUAUUAUAUUCUUUUUAUCAGUAUUAUACUAUUGAUCAAGAGAUAGUUAACUUAAUUCAAUUUCUUAUAUUACCUACUUAAUCUGGUUUUUAAACUUCAGGAUGUAUCCAUAAUGUAUAAAUAUAAAUUAUCUUCAAUUUAAAUCUCUAUGCAACAAUAAAAUAGGUAAUAGGUAAAAUAUAUCUCAACAAAUAAAUAAAUUAAUAACUAAUAAUAAAAAUAACAAAAAAAUAAAAUUGAAAAUAAUCAAAACAUUAUUUUUGUAAAUUGUGCUGUUUUUCUUGGUUAUUUCCAAUUAUUUUGAAAAUUGUUUAAGUUCCACACCAGGAAAAUUUUCUUUCAGAAAAGAUUCUACACUUUAAAAAUGAAGCAUGAUUUCUGGUAGAACUUUUAUAUAUAGUAUAAAACUAAAUAUAAGUUGAGAUCAGUUCUGUUGAUGGAAUGUAUUAUUUUAAUUAUGAAAUAAGUCCCUCCCUGAUCCUUCUGGCUAUAAAGUUUUUAAAAGGAAGUGUGGUCAAUAUGGAGACUGCUCAAAAUAACUGCCUCCCUUCUAGUCAUCACAUAUGAUUUGUGCCAAAAUAAUAGCAAUGUUUUAUCAUUGGGUUCAUAUCAGUUUUUUUUUUAAAUAAUUUGAAAAUUUUUUGGGGGAGGGUUAUUUUUACAAACCAUAUUUUUCUGAUUAUGUAUAGUUUUAAACAGUAUUUAAAGACUGUGUGUUCUAUAAUUCUUGAAUAAACCCUGUCAAUACAUUUUAUGAUUUGUAUAUUAUAAAAAAUAAAACAAAUUGCAGAUUUCUUAAUAAUGACAUAUAUAACUGAGAACUAUAAAGAAAAAAGUCCUGAAGAAAUAACAGAUAUUAGAUCUUCACUUGUAAAUAAUACAACAUAUGCAGCAUUAAGUAUUCGCAUUGGAUUGCAUAGAUUCUUUUUAUAUGCAUCUGAAAAAUUGUCUAAAGAAAUUGAUAAAUUCUAUGACUAUCAGAAUAGAAAUGAUCACAAAAUUGGCCAAAGAGUAAGAUAUAAAUUUAUAUUAUGUUAUCUAUGUAUAUAAAAUAAUAUAUCCUAACCAACUGGCUGACUGGUUCAUCAUUGCCUAAUCCAAACCACUGGAAGAUCGGGCUGAAAUUUGACAGGACAGGACAGCUUAUUGGAGCGGAUUUGGUAUUUUUGAUACAUUUAUUAAAUUAAAUUUAUUGAUUAUUAUUAUUACUAUUACUAUUAUUUACACUAUUAUUUAGCAAUAGCUAAACAUUAGUUAAUAAAGUAUUGACAUUAAAAUAUUAUAAUCAUAUGUCUAUAUGUCUAUAUAAAAAUGAAUCUAAAUUUUGUUGUUGAUGCCAAAACUUGAAAAUAGUAGAUCGAUUUGCCUGAUUUUUUUUUUGUUAUUGUAUUUUUAAUUCAUUAAGACAAGUUUUUUAUGAAUGUAAAUUUUUGAAAAAUCUGCCUGAAAAUUCAUAAAUUUAAAUGGAAUUUUGUGUGAAAAUUGCAAUACUUUUUUUAAAUUUCAUUCUUAGCACUGAUUAAACCUGUAAAUCACCAAAAAUAAUUCAAUAAUUAACGUUCAGUUCUGAUUUCACAUGUUUUUAUAAUAACAGCAUAUUGAUGAUAAAUAAAAAUAAAGGUUUGUAUGAAAGAACAUUUUUUGGAAAAUCUACUGGAAAAGUUUAGAAAUUUGAAUGAUAUUGAAGUCAUGGAGUCACCAACAAAAUAUUGAUUUUGUUUUUAUACAUUUAGAUUACCAAAUGAGUUAUUCAUUUUAUAUUAAUGACUGCACCCGUCCCCAAUAUCCUAGGACAUUAUUUCUAUAAUUUAAAAUAGAUUAUUUUAAAAAACUAAUUAUUUUCAAAUUAAAUUUAAGACAUUCAUUUGAAUGAAUAUAGGUACCAUCUUUAGCACUGUUACUCAUAUUUAGAAUCACCAAUAGUUAUUAUUAACUUGUAUAAUGGCAAUAUUGUUACGCAACAAAAAAUUAAUUGAAAUGUAUAACAUUUUUUUGUCAAAUUAAAAUUAUUUAUUAAUAAUAAAAUAAUAAGUAAAAACAAAAUUAUUAAAUGGUUAAUACUCGUAGAUACAUAUACAUGUAUAAAUAAAUAAAUUAAUGGGCCUGGAGUAUACUGAAAUGUGUUUUGUAUGUUUAAUAAUGUAUUUAAUUGCACAAAUAACUCCAAUUAAGUGAUUAAUUUUAAUAAAAAUAUAUAUUAUAAUAUAAUAAUUUAAAAUCCCCAUAUUUUGGUCUUUAAUUCUAUAUUAUUUUUCUCAAUAAUUUCUUAAGAUUAUUUUCAUAUAUUUUUAUAAUAUUAUAAUAUUUGAAAUAUAUGUAAAAAUAAUUAAAAGUUAUGUUUUUCAAUUCUAUCUAUUUUAAUAUAUUCUAUAGAACACAAUUUAAUGUUAAAAAUUAAAUUACCCCUAUUUUAUUUUAAAUUUAAAACGACCAUUUUUAAUGUCUAUAAAUACAUUUAAAUCCAAUAUUAUAAUUCUAAAUUAUAAUAUUAAUUUGUAUUCAUUAGUAAGUUUUAUUUGAAAUAUAAUAAACAAAUGUAUAUAUUUAUUUAUGAGUAUUAACCAUUUUAAAUAAUUUUGUUUUACUUUAUUAUUUUAUUUAUCUAAUUUUUUUAAAGAUUUUUACAUAAUCAAUAGCACCUUCAAUUGAAUUGAUCCAUACAAAAUAUUUUGUUAUUAAUUCUUUUAUUAAAUACCAUUGCUUUAUUAACUUUAAAAUUGAUUGCAAUUAAAUCAAUUUAAAUUUUAAUAAUUUGAUUUAUAAUUAUAAUAUGUUUAUGUUAAAUGUUCAUUAAAAUUUUCUUUAUACUAAUUGGAAUCUGAAUCAAUCUAGUCCAAUACUCAUUUAUUAAUAUAAAAAAGUUUUACUACAAUUUUUUUUUCUAAUUUUUAUUGUUUUCAAUUAAAUACAAUUAAGAAAGUAAUUUAACUAAAACCAAUAACAAAUUAUUUCAUUGUUUAAAAAAAAGUUUAAUAAAUUUAAUAUAUAUUUAUUAAAUACAUUAAUAUUCAACCCUUUUUACUAUCUUCAGUUCAUAACUAAUAUAUAUUAGAAAUCAGUGAAUACAAUUAGAAAAAAAUUAUUUCUUAUGUCCAAAUUUAUAUAAGUACAUACAUACAAACGAGCACUUAGUCUUAAAGUUGUUUUUGUAAAUAUUAUAAUUUUAAUAUUUGUUUAGAUUGUAUAUCUUGUUGAAGAAAGAGAUUGUUAUGAACUUGAGUAUAUGGAUGUUCCAUGUGCAUUGGCAGAUAUGUUUAAAUCAUUUAUUGCUGCAAUUUAUUUAGAUAGUAACAGAGAUUUAAAUUUUGCAUGGUCAAUGAUCUGGAAAUUGUUUGGAUAUGAAAUUGGUAAAUGUUGAAUAUAGUAAUUGAAGAUUAGGAUUCCUUGAACAAUAGCAAUAUUUCAAUUUCCACCCCUAUAAAUUAUUUGUUACAUAAGUAGACUAUUAAUAUAUUAUUUGAGUAAUUAAAAACUUAAUUAAUUUAGAUUUAUAGAUUUCUAUAUAGGUUUCAGUAAAAAUAUACAUUAUUAUUGAUUUCUGUAUAUUAAAUUGAACUAAAUUAAAUUAUUAAUAAUUUUUUAUUUUACAGAUCAAUUUUGUAUCAAAGUUCCUAAAAAUCCUAUACGCAUUUUACAAGAAACUAAAUUAAAUCCCACUUUCAGGUAUGAACUAAUUAUAUAUUAUAUGUAAACUAAAAUUACUUGAACUAUUGUUAAUAUUAAAUAUAUAAAUAUAUACAUUUUUUAAAUUUAAUUUUUAAGAAGUUAGGAAAGCUUACUUUACAUGCUUAAUUCCUAAUUUCUUAAAAUAUGUUAAACUGUUAUCAACAAUAAUUUCAUGUAGAUUUGUAUAUGAAUUUGGUAACUAGUAUACGUAAUAAUAAUAAUAUGUAUCUUUAUACAUAUAUUUCUUCUGUCCAUGUGUAUGUAAUUGAAUUCCUACUAAACUUGUUUAACUAAAUUUGUUGUGUGUUUAAAUGAGUCCCUGGAUGAUUCAGGUUCACAAUUGAUUAAAUUUUGUUUUGGUGAUUUAUGGGUUACCUUGGUGAUAAAGAUGAAAAAAAAAAAUAGUAAUAUUACAGAAUAAUGCCAUGAAACAUGUAUAAGCAAUCCAUAACCAUCAAUUAAAUAGAAUGGCAGAAGAUCAAUUGGUGGACAGUGUGAAUUUAAGAAACCAUAAUGCAAAGACAUAUGCAAAUGAAAAUCAAGAGCAUUAAAAUGAAUGUGAAGCAUUAACAUGUACAUCAUGUACAUGUAUUAGCUAUUUGUAAAUCAAUUCUUGUUUCCAAAUGAAAUCAUUUGGAACAACAAAAACAGUGCAUGAUGAGGAUAGUUGUAAUUUUGCAUUAACAUUUAAGAUUUAGGGCCAAGUGUAUCAUAAAAUUUGUUCUUUGUUCUUAAUGCCUGAUGCUGAUUCAAAAUAUUUCUAAAUCCUCUUCAUGGACGAUAAGGAGCAACAAAUUAGCACACAGCAAGAAAUAGCACAAACUUGAAAAAUCAUAACCAGUUGGUUCAGUUGUUCAAGAUUAUUUUCAACAGAUACGUAAUUAUUAUUAAAGCUGAUAAAGUACCAUAUGGAGAGCACACAGGCAGAUUUAAUGUACCAAAUGUUAAUGAAGUUGCAGUUGUUAUGGCUGGCGACCCAUUUGGAUAUAAGGAUACAAUGUAGAGACAACACAGUGCAGAAUCGUUCUUACAAUGCUUUGCAAUGUCAUUGAUAUUUUGUGAAGAUGAAUAUUAUUUAAAAAUUAAAUAAAGAAAUCCAAUGACAGGUACAGAACUAAACAAGAAAGUUAGCACAAUGAACUUCUAUGCAUAUCAGCUGAUGAUUCCUGCCAAUGGAGAUAGUAAUAUUUGAUGCCUCUAGCUAUUUCAUCAAUACAUUGUUGAUAUGUGUGCAAAAAUUGAAAAUGAGUUUUUACAGUACAUAAAUUUAAUCAAGUGAAGCUUCCAUCUGAGGAUAACAUUUCUUUGCAUACAUUGUAAAUGAAACAACUAAAAUCAACAACAUUGGUACCCCAUUAUAAUCUUCCAUGUCAUCUUCUAUAUCAUCAAGCUAAUUACACUAUUUAUGAGUGAUCACUAUUUUGGCUAGCAAUGAAAUAUCUUAAAAAUCGUUCUACAAUGUUUUUGAUCUUAAGGAAGUUGUUAACUACCUUGUUAAUUCUUGAAUUCACUGGAUUUACCUGGAAUGCCACCAUAUAACUGAUAUAAAUUGAUGAUUGGUUCAACAAUUAUUUUGCUUCAAAAUUUGAAUGCACCAAAAUUAUGCAAUGGUACACAUGAUGAGUCAUAAACAAAAUCAUGAGCAUUGUUCUUGAAGCUACCAUUUUAAACAGCAAAUAUCAAGGUAAAAUUGUUCUUCUACCAGGGAUCCCAAAAUCCCUUCAUAAUUUAAAAUUCAAAUUCCAUUUAAACAUUUGCAAUUUCAAAUUAGCUAGGUUCGAUCUAGAAAAUCCAUGUUUUCAUAUGGCCAAUUAUAUGUUGAGGGUUGAAAAACAUUUUCAAAAUUCUUAGAGGGUACUUAUUUUAUAUUUAAAGCGUAGCAAGAGAUCUAUUGAUUUUUCUAUGAUUUGUUUAUAUUUUUUUUUUUUGUCUGUGAACAACUUUUCUAAAAGGUUAUUUUCUUUAGUUGAAAGGUCAUUUUUUGAUUUUCCAAGAGGUUUUCGAAAAAUAAUUGGGAAAAACCUGAAAUAAAAUUAUAGGUAAAAUGACAAAUUGUUAAAACAUUGUGCCACACAACAAUUGAUAAAAAUUAAAAACUUCAAAAACAACAUUUAUUUUAAUUAAUACUCCAUCUAUGUAUGGAAUUUUGAAUCUAGGUUACCAUUUUGAAAAUCAAAAGUAAGUAGUGGUUUUACAUCCAAAAAUAGGAGUGACAAGAGAAAUAACAUAAAUUUAAAAUUAUAGAGCAGCUUGUUUGUUUCUUAAAUUUUCUAUAAAACAAAUUCUGAAAAAAUGUAAUACUUUCAGAAAUGUCAAGUGUAUUACAAUAAAUUGAUCACUCUGUAUACACCACAUAUCAAUACCAUGCUAACUAUUGUUGGAGCCUUAGACACUAGACCCAACAUGUGUUUAGUGCAUAAACUUGAUAUCCAUCUAAAAUUUGGUGCAAAAUUAACUAUACUUAUUAUCAAUAUUUUGUAUGAAACUUAUUAAAUUUUCAUUUCCUUUUUCAAUACAAGUUUACUCAGUAUUUAUUUCAUCUAAAUUAAUUUAAUAAAAAAUAAAAAAUAUUUCUCCUCUUUUAGUUUGAUUAUUAAUAUUAUACUACUAUUGCAGCUUUGUUGCCCACAGUAAUUCUAUAAUGACUCAAACUAUGUUUACCUAUUCUUUAAUUUUGUUAUUAUUUUGCAGAAGAUCUCCUGAUUCAGUUAAUGAAGUUUGUAAAGGCACAGGAAUUAUGAUGCAGUUAAAUAUUAAUAUAAAUAACAAAAUUAUUAUUGUACAUGGCUUUGGUUUAAAUAAAUACAAAGCUAAAAUAGCUGCUGCAAAAAUUGCAUUAAAAGAACUUAAAAAUUCUUUAAAUAAUUAA